CAAACACGAAAUGAAUUUAGAUCAAAAAGAAAAUAAAGCAACUCCUUUGCUAUGGUAAUAUAUACCCCACAAACAGAGGGCAGCUAUCCACAAAGCAUGGCAACCACACCCAUUCCCAUUUUUGCUGCAGAAACUCCAUUCCUCACGCGAUUGAAACUGCUUUCACCGCCAUUAAUAUCAUCCUCAUCCUCAAGGUAUUCUCUGUUGAUCGUGAACUGCAGAAGCCCCCUUAACAUCAAUCGAAUUAGUGAUACGAAAAGCUCCAACUUCAUUACCAAUGGCGGUCAACUGAAGAACGUGAUAUCAGGUAUAGCGGACCAGCAAGUAGAUGAAUUGGUUAAAGCUACACAGAGAGUUGAAUCGGCCAAAAAAGAGUUGGCCGAGGCCCAAGAGCAAGAAAUUGAAGCCAGGAAGACGAUGGAAUACAUGAAUCAGCUUGAAACAAGGGAUUUUGAGACGGUAGAAGCUGAGAAUGGAAGAAAAACGAUAUACAAGAACAAAGAGAAGUUGGAAUCCGUAAAAGCUGCAUUGAUUUCCGGCAUUGUUGGGACCUUGGCAAGCUUCCCCAUUUCCCUAACUCAUAUGACCAAUUCCUACGAGCUUAUUGUGUCAACUGCAAUCACCAUAAGCAUCUGUGCAUUAUAUGGUGCAACAUUCCGGUAUGCUGUCCGAAGAGACUUGGAUGAUUUUCAUCUUAAAAUUGGAACGUGUGCAGCUUUUGGAAUCGUCAAAGGACUUGCUACAUUGGAUGGAAGGCUGUGUUUAGAACAAGAAACUGGAAACGUGGUGUCAAAUGCUUUGAAUGGAGUAGUAUGUGUUUCUGAGAAUGUUUUGAUUUUUAUUUUUGCUGCUGGUGGGUUGGAUAUAUGCUAUAAGAUGGGGAUAUUAAGUCCAUUUCCGGUUGAAUCAUCAGCUUCAAUAACUAAAAUGCAUUACGAAAUCGAAUGGAAUGGGAUGAAAUAG